CUUGCCCACAUCAGACAUUUGUUCUGUGCAACGGCAAACACACUGUGCAAAAGAUAAUUUAGCACACAGGUGGGAGAAAUUCACAGCAGGCAAGAAAAAGAGGACCUUAAAAGCUAAUAGAAGGGGAUUGGAUCACAGUGAAGAUUUAAGAGGUGCUUGUAUUCAGCAGGAGAUCCUCCAGCUGGGAACUAAAAGGAUAAGAAACGAGCAAGGCAAGGAGUAAAAAGGACACAGAGCCAAGGAUACUGCUCUUUUAUUGGAUUGAGUUCUCUUGGGUUUCUCACUUCCCUCCUCCUGGGCUGACAGCAUAGGGAGGAGGCAGAGCCGCAGCCGCCGCAGGGAUGAAGUACAACUACCAUGUGCCGGUGUCGACGUACACACGCACCUCACAGUACACGCCAACAUACCAUACACCCUCCCACUACACCCCCUCACAUUACACGCCAUCCACACUGAACUACACAUCCUCAUACACCUCCCCGACAAAGUACAGCACGACACAGUACAGCACGUCACACUACACGUCCACUUACAAGUCUGCAUCGACGUACGUCCCCUCAUCCAGCAAAGGGUCACGGUACAGUUCAAGCCGGAGCACAAAAGCGCAGGAGGACCCUGCACCUGUCAUACCUGUCGCACCUGUCGCACCUGCAAAGAGAACUGUGCACUUCCCCAAUGACAUCAUCUUCCAGGAUAUUGUGAGACGAGGAGAUUUGGAGCAGAUCGGUCGGUUCAUGAGAGCGAGGAAGGUUCGUGUGGAUACGAUCUUCCACUCAGGUAUGGCAGCGCUACAUGAAGCCGUGCUAACAGGAAACAUGGAGGUGGUGAAGCUGCUGGUGAAAUACGGCGCUGAUGUUCAUCAGAGAGACGAAGAUGGCUGGACGCCGCUUCACAUGGCCUGCAGCGACGGCUACCCGGAAAUUGCCAGGUAUCUGCUGGCGAUGGGAGCGAGCACAGAGGCGGAGAAUGAAAACGGCGAGAAGCCUGCAGACCUCAUCGACCCAGACUGCAAAGACCUGCUCAAACUGUUCGAGGUGGGCUGUGUGUGACCGGGCACCAAAUGGACCCACAGAGAGAAGAGCAACAGACAAGAUGAAGGGCGGAGCAGCCACUUGGAAGCAACAUAUUUAACAGUAUUUAACACCAAACAAACUUGUGACAGGGUGGAAGAACAUGGCCAGAGUUAGGGCUGUGUCACUGGUCCUGUGAAGCAAGAUGGUGGUUCUAUAUACUUUUUUUUUAUUACAGCCUUAAAGCAAUACUCCAUGAGGCUGUAUUUUUUCUUUCUGGUGGUUAUUUUAUUACUUUAUUUGUGCACUUGUGUAUUUGUCAUACUGCCAGUGUGUAUGCAGCAAAUGUUAAACUGCACCUAUCUCCCCUGUCCUCACUCUCAGCUUAUGUAAUACAACACCAGCAAUGUGUCACUAUGGUCCAAUGGAGAAAAUCAGAUUCAUCUAUAACAUCACUUUGAUUUAAGUAUUCAAUCAGCAAUCACUUUCUAAGUAGCUGUAUGUUUCCAAACUCUGAUUAUACUGCAGAUCGAAUUUACAACACAGAAUCUGGGCCGAGAUGUUUGUGUUUUAUAGACAGAGGUGUGUAUCCUCACUGCUGGGCAGAAAGAGGAUCAGCCAAAUGAAUAAUUAAUCCUUCAUUGAUGGUCAGAAAUCAUAAAACAUUAAGUUCAUGCUGUACAAGCACUUUUACUGCUGCAGUGUUUUUCGCAUAUGUGUUGCUGUUGUUUUCUGUGGUAGAAUUAUGAAUGUCAGCAAUGAAAGUCUUAUAAUUCUCUCCUCAAAAAUUAUUUUUGUACGUUUUCAUAAAUAAAGAAACCUUUUAUAAAUAUG